AUGAAAUCAAAGGAGCAGCUUUUUACGUUUAUAACCAUAUCUCUAGCAUUGUUCGUAUCCAGCAUGCUUUUUUUUGGUCCGUACUUGCAACCUCUAACAUCUUUUUUCAAGUCCACGCUCAAAGUGUACGAUGACAAAACACUUUUUUUCUACAUCAUGGCACUCGGAAACCUCAUGAUGUUAGUUUCGGUGUUUAUCAUCAGUCGAGUUUCAAAAGUCUUAGAAGUUAAAAAUUUGCAGCGCACGAUACACAAACCAGCACUGAAUUUGCCGCUUCUAUUCUUCACAUUUUCAAACGUGCUAUGUGCCUACAUAUCUGAGGUUGGCGAGGAGGUAAUGUUAAACAUGGUGGUAUGCUUAGCGGCUAAGUACACACUUUAUUUCUAUUUCACCAUCAUAUCAUCCAUUCUUACGGUAUAUGUUGAAAGUUUGAUAUUUUUCUUUAACCUGCUCCUUCUGGUUACCACGUUCUUACAAGGAUAUGAGAAGUUCGGUACUGUAUGGCAACAUGUUUUCAAGACUUUUUGAGAACCAGGCACUCUAUUAAAGAUGUUUUUUUCGCUUGAUGCGU